AUUUGUGUCUGCAACGGAAACAAGGGCCUUUCUGCGUGAUUGUGACUGACUAUGGCGACAAGAAAUCGGACCGCUAUCACGAACCAUGCAAAUCAGGAGAAUAUCAAAAGUAUAAAACCUUCGGUGGUUGUUGUACCAUCGAAAGGAAAAAGAGCCGUACUAGGAGAAAUAAGUAAUAAGGUUAACACGUUGAGGGGUGUUGAGCCCAUUGAUAGGAUUAAUUUAUUACAAAAGAAGAAAGUGCCAGUAUCGAAGCGGCAAGUUGUAAAGCCAAAUGUAAAUCCACCUGAAAAGCCACCAGUGCAAGUCGUAAAACCGAUUGUAAAAACAACAUCAUCUUCCAAUGUAAAUAAUGCUUGCAAUGUAGUCAAUGUACCAGCUACUCUUGUUAGUCAAAAGAGAGAAGAGAGGAAUUCGUUUUCAACGGAUUUAUUAAAAUUUGAAGAUAUUGACGAGCAAGACAAGAAUAAUCCUAUUCUAGUUUCUCUCUAUACUAAUGACAUACAUGAAUAUUUAAGGACGUUAGAAAUCAAAUUUACUAUUAAGAAGGGAUAUCUAGCGGGCCAGGAAAUCACCCCUAAGAUGAGAUGCGUAUUGGUAGAUUGGUUGGUAGAAGUGCAUCAACAAUUUCGAUUGAUGCAAGAAACAUUGUAUCUCACCAUCGCAAUUAUCGAUCGCUUCUUACAAUUGUUUCGAUCUAUAGAUAGGAAGAAAUUACAGCUGGUAGGUGUAACAGCUAUGUUUAUCGCUAGCAAGUAUGAAGAAAUGUAUUCGCCAGAUAUAAGUGAUUUUGUAUAUAUCACGGACAAAGCAUAUUCAAAGAUAGAUAUAUUGAAUAUGGAAAUGCUUAUUGUGAAAACUUUGGACUAUUCGUUCGGGCGACCAUUACCGCUGCAUUUUCUUCGAAGAUAUAGCAAAGCUGGAAAGGCGCUUCCUGUACAUCACACGAUGGCUAAAUAUUUUCUUGAGGAAAGCUUGGUUUAUUAUGAAAUGUGUCAUUAUCCACCUAGUCUCAUCGCUGCAGCAGCGAUAUACCUAGCAUUUUUAAUUAUCGGUAAUGAUGAAGACGACGAAGGCAAGGUUAUUUGGUCAGAUACUCUUGCAUACUAUAGUACUUACUCCAAGGACGAUGUGUUACCUGCAGUACACGAUAUAGCUGCUAUAAUAACUAAUGCAGAAAACAGUAAAUAUCAAGCUGUGAGGAAGAAGUACGUUCAUGUGAAACACAUGAAAAUUAGUAUUCGACCAGAACUUAAGUCGCCAAUUAUGCUUUCCAUUGCAGGAAAAAGCAAUAAGUCAUAAAUUUGUAAUAAAACAAUAGAAUUUGUGAACUCA